ACAUGACGUUGUCACUCUUCAAGUAGUUCUUUGGGGCAUUGCUAUAACUACUUUUAUAGGAAAAAUGGUAGAAUGUCAUAAGCGUUGUGUGUUUCUUCAAGCACUCCAUGGUAUACUUCUUCCAUCACUAUGAGCUACCUGUGAUCCUUCAACAGGCUCACUUCCAACAGUUCCUUUUGCGAAACACAGCUCAACAGCAGCAGCAAGCUGGUGUGGCUGCAGCUCCUCCAGGAGGUGGUGCUCAUCAGCAACUCCCUGCGGGCGGUGUUGUUCAAAUUCAGCAGGUUGGCGGCGGUGUAUCUCUCGUGCGCCAUCGUUUAGCUCGGCUGCUGUCAGCUGUGCGUCGUCCUAGCGUAACGACGCAGACGUCACUACGUCAAGUGGCGUCUGCGUCGACGUCGACCUCGCCCAGCGAAGACGAUCGAGGUGGAGGGGGUGGUACCGGUGGAGGGGGGGAGACUAACACUGUGGGCGUUGGUACUACGUCGCUCACCUCGCAGUCGCACUCAUCCCCGGCGGUCUUCAAUCAGACGCAAUCUAGUCAGACGGUGCCUGCAUCAGUGGAGACAUCGGAGUCCCAGACAUCGGCCGGUCGGCCGACUGUCAUGGCCUCCGUCCAGACGUCAGACAGGAGCGUGCGCCUUCCCUCGGGUGGACCCGACAGCCCGUAAAUAAAUACCCUCGCCCCCCAAGGGCUGCUUAGGUAUCGGCAGAGACGUUGUCGUCAGUGAUGAUGACGUGUGAUGAUCGGAAUGCAUUGUUACGUUACGUUUUAAAUGGUUCGAAGUACUUACAUUCAAGGUACGAGGUACGGUGACUUUUAAGAAAACCUGCUUGUUGAUCUCGUUGAGAAUUUAAAAUAGAAUAUAUUCGUAUAGGUUCAAGCCUCAAAUGAUACUUGGCUAUGUUCAAGGUAUCCUAUGAGAAGAUAGCGCUAACCUUAUACUGCUUCCCGGCGCCCAAAAGGGAUCUAAAAGAUAAUGGCGCGAUCCAUGAGUCAGUUGCAGUACACAAAAAUGAAUUAAGAAUUCUGCCUUUUCGCGCCUAUUUUAAUUGGGUAUCUUCAGGCAAUCGUCAAUGAAUUCCACAUGAAGAUACCCAAAAAGGAUUGCAGAUCUCAGCGCCAUCUAUAAGACAGUAGUAGAACUCUUUUCAAAGCUUUUAUAAGCUUAUUUUUGUGUUCUGAUAAUGACUCAUAGAUGGCGCUAAUAUUUUUCAGAACCCUUGUCUGGCGCCAGAAUACAGUAUAUUUUUUUUCUUCAGGUAGAACACGUUAAUCAAUGGUUCAAGUAACAAAAUGGAAGAGAGUAUCGUAACGUAUCGUACGCCGCUGUUGACGCAGCGUGUUUUCGAUUAAAGUGGGCUCCGAUUGGUACAUAAAGAUUCGCCAUAUUAGCAGAAGCGUACGUUAAGUUCCAAUACUUUCUAUUAUUUUGGUACUCGACUAUAAUUAAGGAAGUGUCCUGAAGGUAAUUGUUCCUUGGAAUUAGGUAAGCUUGGAUAUGAGUUCCAUAAAAUUGAUGUAAACAAUACACACUUGCUUAUAAAAAAUGGCAACUUUGAGCAAAAAAAUGUCUAAUAUCUUUUGUGGCAAAACUGUCGAAUUUCCAUCAAUAAGUUGUCCUUUCAAAGGUAAUAUUCAUUUUCUAUCUUGAAAUUGGCGGAAAGGUUUGGAAGUCGCACUAUCUCAUCGAUUGAUUCGUCGGUCGCGCUGUAGCCAUGAUCUUGAAAGCUUGCUAGUCCUUUCAGUCAUGAGCAUUUUCUACCUGCAAUUCCAUCCUCCAUAUCGUAUGAAUCUAAAAUAGGAAACAAAUUAUUUUACAUAUAUCCUCACACACAAGUUCAGUUAGUAUACUCCACUGCAUAAGUUUCUUUCAUACUACCGCAUCGAAAGUCAUAGCAACAAAUAAGUUACCUAUUAAAAAAUACAAUAGUGUUGCCCAUACGCAAAUACCCUCAUACACUUUUAAGACGACAUUCGUAAAAUAUGUAAAAAUCUUCCGUACGAGCUUGUUUGUUGAUUCGUACUAUAUUUAUGUAACACGUUAUCUAUUAGCGUUCUUUCUGAGCGUAUAAGAUAUCAGUGUUUCAUUGAUAACAACUCCUAACUGUCCAACACUCAAUUAUCGAAAAUUUAAGUGUAAAGUAAUUUCCGGCAAUAUGGAAUACCAUUUUUGUUGGUCGAGAUAAGUUAAAAAUUACACAACUAAUCUGUCUCAUAUCUUGGAAAUUAUUAACUAGUGGUAUUAUCGAAAAGUAUCGCUUGAUGAAUUUAGGUAUAAAGGUGUGGUCCCCAGAUACAAAACAAUAAGUAAAAAUUGGCACUACUACACUGCUAAACAAAAGUGGAGGGUAAGAUAUGUUAAAGGAAAUGAGACAAAAUGAACAGAAACGAGUCUAACAGAUAACACACUGCAACGAUACUUCAUUAUUACGACUCAUGGUAAAGGUUUCCUGGCAUUCCUGCAUUGUCAGAAGCUGAUUUAGUUUUCACAUAGGUAAAUAGUACCAGUUCGUCAUCAUCUGAUUUGUCGUUUACAAUAGCAGGCUGCGACUGAGAAGAUGACGAUGAAGUUGAUAAACGGUUUUGUCUUUUCUUUUUAGGCGCGUUCGAAGAGCCUGGAGCAGCUUCGUUGGUUAUUAUCUUUCCUGUGACCUUAUCGCAUGAAACAUUAAUCGACUCCUCUAGUUCAUCUUUAUUGAGCGUUGAGGUUAUUAUUUUCGCCUGUCCACAUUUUCUGCCUCUUGUAAUAAUUUACUUUUUCAAUUCUGGCAUAGGUAUGACAUAUGUGGAAAGAACAUUUGGAAGACUUGUAUUUCUGUGAUCUGCAGUCAGAAAAAACAUCUCUUCGUACAGGAUAUAUCUUAGUUGCACUGAACCCCCUAAUGGAUAUCUCCGCUGUUUGCACCUUUAAGUGCGCUCGUCCAAAAAUUUCGCAUACAUCAAAGUUGUUAUAGCCCGAUUCUUACUUCUUCAUUGUCCAAUGUUUUUAGUGCACCCAUCACAAUUUGUCCAGGGGCUGCAUCUUAUGUGUGGUAUGCGGUGGUACGCAUAUUGUGGGGACACAAUUGUCUCUUGCCUUAAUAAUCACAUCUAAGUAUGUGUAUGGUGGCCAUCAAGUACAAGAAGCACUGGACUUGUCUGUGUAGGUUUGGUUUUUCCUAAAAAGUGGUCAAACUAACGCGUGAAUAAAUCAGUAAUUUUGACGCAACUAUAGAAAAUCGGCAAAUAUAAAGUAAAUCCUAGAAAAUUUUUCUACGUUUAAACAAGAUACUUCUGUUAAUUUAUUGUCGUGAAAUAUGCAAUAUUCUAUAAUACCCGAAACAUCAGUGGAUAUAAGACCCCAAAAAUAUAUUACUUGAAUUAGCUUGCCAAUUGAACAAUCAAUAAUUGCAUUAGUAUCUAUAUACACGUACCUGAUCAAAUGAAGGAUUAUUUUAAAGAAAUAACUAACAAAACAAGUCAGCCAAAAGCAACGUUCAAAACUCUUGAAAAGUGCAAUACUCAAUGAUGCCAACUGCUAAAAUUCAAAACGUUACCAGUUGAGUCAAUUCACAUAGGGAACCUGUAAUAGACUAAAUUAUACUACUUUAACUACCAAAACAUAGGUGACGCCUUCUGUUUCAAUAAUAAAGCGUAUUCCAUAUUACCCGGUCUAUUCCAUAUUCCCAGAAAUUACUCUAUAUUAAAUUAAUAUGCACUUACGCAAAAACAAAAUACCACCUUCGGCGAAAAAACAAUGAGACUGAUUUUUUAUUUGCCCUAAUCUCAAUUCUUCUUCAAACAUCAGAAUUAUGCCCUUGGGAACAGUUCCCGUGAGCAGCUGCAUACCUUUGGAGACCUUGUUCCCAGCCUUGGUAGCAGCACUAGAAGUAUUCGACUACUAUCGACUUCAGCGUCCGUCACACUGCUUUGGAUGUUUUCUAAAGUGCCAAAUGACAUCCUUUCAGGACAUUUUUCAGUUUAAGAAAAAGGAAAAAGAUACAGGGACUGAAAUCAGGUGAAUGGGGGGCUGGAGAACCACAUGAAAGCGUUUUACGGUCAAUUGUUCCGAGCUCUUCCUAUUUAGCUGUUCACUCAACAUUCUCAAUGUUAGACGAUGAUCUGAUAUGACAAGGGUGAUGUUUUCGUGUUGUUUUCGAGCAGGGUCCAGCUUCUUCACUUUCAAAAAUGAUUUGCGCUAUUGAAAAAUUCAAGCUCAGAAUUAGAAAUGUUCUCCAUAGGCCUGUUUCUGCUUUACAAAUGUCUCAAUUGCCGAUCUUCCAACCGUAACAAAAUUUAAUGGCACAACUUCACUAAUCCCAGAAAUAACGUGGUUGCCGGGCGGAGUUAAAACUCGGACCAUAUGAAGGACAACUGCGCAGCGUUGUCAGAUCACUUGCAGUGUUGCCAGUCUCAUUACUUUUUCACCACACCUCGUUUAUUUCAAAGGCACAUAACCCGACAUAAUACAUACUUUAUAAGUAUUCUGGUGCGCUAGUGCGAUACUUCGAGACAUAGGAAAAUAAAACUAUAUCGAAAUUCAAGUGUAAUUCUAAUGGAGAUCUCUUCUACUGCUUUCCUAAUUUUCCUCCUCAACCCACUUAUUUUUCAUCCUUCUGUCAAGCCGAAAAUACCAUAUUUCUCCAUCAAAAUUCGAAAACGUCAUUUCAUUUUCUUAUUCAACUUUGAGCGAAAUUAAAAAUGCUGCGAUGUUUGAAAAAACAUCAUAAGAUAUCUAGGAUCCGUUUUUGAAGAUGUAUUGAUUAUUAAAUAUAUUUAUUUAUAGAUAGAGAGAUAGAAAAUAAUUUCUCCAUAUCUUUUAGAUAGAGAAUUGAAACGGUAAAUAUUGUUUGAAUGACACUUUUAGUUUCCUCACCUGUUUUUGACAGUUUUUUAGUUGGAUUGUCCUCCAAAGGGCCACUGUACAGAGUCAAUACUCUUUCGUGUCCAUUGAAUUUGUUGACCAGAUGUACACUGAUGUUUUUAGGUAUCAUCGAUUUGUUUUUUUGUUGUAAGCCACUGCACCUUAAGCUUGAAUGUUGUACAUAGUGGCGCAUGCGUGUACAUAUAAUAAGAUGCUACUUAAUUUGUAUCGCUUUCAAGGAAAAAUGUAAAUACUGUUAUUUUUGUUUAGUAGGUGGAUGUAGAUUAAUAAUAUUAAAUAACAUGUUAACACAAAA